UUUGUUCUUCAAUUGAAAACUAUACUCUCCAAUAUGUCUAUAAAUACACACUCCAAACACAACCCUUCUAUUAUAUAUCUUUCAAUAUGAUGCUAAUUUCAAUGUCAAAAUUGAUGAUUUUAGUCACUAUUAUGUUGUCUUUGGGAGUAAGCUCAAGAUUUACAAGUGUAAAUGGGUUGAGUAUGGGAUAUUACUUGAUGAGUUGCCCCUUUGUAGAUCCCAUUGUGAAGAACAUUGUCAAUAGAGCCCUUCAAAAUGAUCCCACUUUGGCUGCUUCUCUCAUUCGAAUGCAUUUCCAUGACUGUUUCGUCGAGGGAUGCGAUGGAUCGAUAUUGAUUGAUUCGACGAAAGAUAACACAGCAGAAAAAGACUCUCCUGCUAACCUCAGUUUACGAGGCUACGAGGUUAUUGAUGAGAUCAAGGAGCAACUUGAGAGGCAAUGUCCCGGUGUUGUUUCUUGUGCAGACAUUGUCGCUAUGGCUGCUAGAGAUGCAGUCUUUUGGGCAGGGGGUCCGUUUUACGAGAUACCAAAGGGAAGGAAGGACGGAAGCAGAUCAAGAAUCGAAGACACCGUUAAUUUGCCUUCGCCUUUCUUAAAUGCAUCUCAGCUUAUUAGUCAUUUCGCUCAACGCGGCUUUACUCCCAACCAAAUGGUCGCACUUUCGGGGGCGCAUACAUUGGGAGUGGCAAGAUGCAUAUCGUUCAAAGGGAGACUGGAUGGCAACGACCCUCUUCUGAAUCCAAACUUCGGAAGAGCACUGUCAAGAACAUGCAGCAACGGCGACAACGCCCUCCAAACAUUUGACGCCACACCCGACAACUUCGACAACGUUUAUUACAACGCGCUGUCGAGAGGCGCCGGGGUUCUGUUUUCCGACCAGACAUUAUUUGCUAGCCCUCGUACGAGGGGCAUUGUCACUGCCUACGCCAUGAACCAAGCUCUAUUCUUCUUGGACUUUCAACAGGCCAUCAUCAAAAUGGGCUUACUCGAUGUUAAGGAGGGUUAUAGAGGCCAAGUUCGUAGCAACUGCCGUAGGGUUAAUUGAUUAUUCAUGCAUAUCUAGCUACUGCUUAAUAAUAAGUCGUAAUACUUUACAACACUUACAUGCAGAAAUAUAUAAAUUAUGAUCUGGGUGUUAUGUGUGAGUGUGUCAUAAAGUAAUGAUCAUGUUGUUAUAGUAUGUAUAGUUUUGGUUUUUAGAAAAUUCUACAAUGUCUUUACCAAGUUUCUUGGAUAAUUUCUCUUGGUUGAGACUGAAAGGGUUAAAGUUUCACAAUAAUCAUCCCUACCCUUGUUAGGAUUAUAUUUUCCCUUCAUUUAUUUUCUGUUUUUUAUCUAUACUUUCUUUAUUAUUGGAAUCUUUCUAUUAUUGAUUAUCUUGUAUUUGCCUGACAUAUGGCUUCAAUAUUUCUUUAAAUAUCAAUACAGUAUUGGAAGUCAUCUUA